UUACUAGUAAUUAAUAAGAUGUUGGUUUUGUUUCAGGCGAACGGAUACACAAUAUUCCUACAGAUGUUACCAAUAAUGUUAGUUGUCAUACUUUCAAUGAUGAGUUCAUUAUUCAUCUCAGACCCUGUCUAUAGCCUCACAGCCAGCCCAAAGUUCCCAGUAAUACGUAACACGAUGAAUCUGCGAGUGCCAUAUUAUGUGAAAGAAACGUUUCACAACGAGUACCAAGGAUCAUUGCGGAGGUUAGAGGCUUCAGUGGAGGAGGAGUAUGUGACCAACUUACGACAUGCUUGCUACAGGGAGAAGAAUUAUAAUUUAGCUGAUAAGCCAAACUGCAUACUUUUAAAAGAAAUUCGAUCAAAAUAUCAGGAACUCUCCGGAUGGUUGUAAAAGACUUUAUCUGCGAAGAAUAAUUUGCACAAAGGAGACAAUGCUGUGGAAAGCUCGUAAUUUCGGUGACAGAGAUCUAUUUAGCAAGGCUCAGAACAUCAAGACACCUUCAUGUGAUGCGCUCGGUGAGCUGUCCACUAGGGGUGGUUAACUCCACAUUUCUCACCUAUCAUAGAUUUAUUUAUCUCCCAAGUUUAUUCAAUUAAGUGUAUCAGUUGUAAUAUAUUUCAGUUUUAUUGUUUAAAAUAAUAAUAUUUUUUGAAUAUUUAGUAUGUAUUAUUUUGGUUUAAUCAAUAUAGUAUGUGAGAAAAGCUUGUUGAAUAUACAAAAAUUCAGUGGUUAUAUAUUGGUAAAUAUUUUAAAUUAAGAGUAAAUUUUGGAGAGUUUUACUGUAGAGUUUAUAAUUUAUUCUGUGUAUGUUUUUAAGUUUUGCUGUUCAAAUCCAUGCUAUAUACAUAUAUUUAAUCACGUUGUAAAUUUCCUUGUUCUUUAAAUGAAACUAAUAAUGUAAAAGUUUUAGAUUUCUUUCUUUAUGAUAGUUAAACAUUUUAUUCAAAUUUAAUAAAACUCAUCUUGAUCAAUAAAAAAUCCAUUGGUGGAGAGAAGAAUCAAAUGUAUAUUUUUAUUUUGUUAAUUUAAUCUUGUCACUAUAUAAAAUAAUCUGUCACUAAUACCUAAUGUAUUUGACAGUAUGUCUAAAAUGUUAAAGAAAUAGUAAUUUUAUAUAGUUUUUUUAAGAAGAAUUUUUAAUAUAACCUAAUUCAUGUAUUUGAGCAGAUAAAACAGUGACCAAAAGCAUCAUGUGCCCAUAGAAUUCAUUACAUUACUUUGACAGGUUUUAGAUUAACAUUUUUUCCAACAAUCUCCUUGUAGUAACUAUAACCGCCAAACUAAUUAAAAUUUUCUUGUAGUUUAUUUUUAUUCUUGGUCUUGUUUUAUGGCCAGACACAUGAUUUAUUUAUGUAAGUUUCUUCAGUCAAAACAUUUAUACUAUCUUUUGUUAUAUAUUCUAAAUAUUAUUUAUUGUUUGAUUAAGGUUUUUGUUUGUCACAAUAUUUUUCAAUCAUUGUAAAGUUUAAAUAACAGAAGAACAUUCCAACUUCUAUCAACUUUACAUAGUACUUUUUUUGUCUAAAAGUAUAAUAUAUUUAAACAAUUAAAACAAGAUACAAUAUGAAUUAAAUAGCUCUUCUUAAAAAAUACAAAAUAUGUAAUCUGUUAUUUAAGUGACACAGUUAUAUAUUGUUACAAUGUAAUUUCUCAAAACUUAUGCUUUAGUAAAGUAAUGUGGUUUAGCAAUAAUUCUGUUGAUCUGCAUCAGGUUAAAAGAAAUUUUAUCAAGGCAAACCUUUUUUUGUGCUGUAAUGAUGCAGGUUGUAUUGUAAACUUAUUUUAAUACUAAUACAGGUAAAUAUAUGUUCAUUCAACAUAAUAUUUGAACAAUACUCUAUACCUGUGUUCAGGUUUCCGACACAAUUUGUUUAUUUUAAUACUAAUACAGGUAAAUAUAUGUUCAUUCAAACAUAAUAUUUGAACAAUACUCUAUACCUGUGUUCAGGUUUCCGACACAAUUUGUUUAUUUUAAUACUAAUACAGGUAAAUAUAUGUUCAUUCAACAUAAUAUUUGAACAAUACUCUAUACCUGUGUUCAGGUUUCCGACACAAUCUGUUUAUUUUGAGACUAAUUUUUAUAUUAAAGUACAGUUAAAUGUAUAUUCUCUUUUUGUAAAUGUAUUAAAAUCUAAAUUU